CUACUUGUUACUUGUUAUUACAGCUAUUUUUGCAAGUUGAGACGGUUGCUCCAACCUCGACGGUGAUGAUGGAUUGAGCGGUUCAGCUAUUGGUCCUACCUGUCUCGACUUUCACUCCUUCGGGAGCAGCCGGACCAAGUAAACACCUUGACAAGCAGUGAGGGCGCAACGUUGAAGCUGACUGACUGGGGCUUGGCCCGGUAUACCUGGUAGCCAGGGGUCAUCCUACCGCCCCAUCUUCAGCAUAUGUCCAGCAGUCAAGUUCCUGGACUCACACGUGGACGACCUCACGAUCUUCGUGUCUUCCUCGAUUCCUGACGCUGCGGAGCUGACCUCGCUGGGCUUCUUCGGGGCGUCUCCGACUGGUCUACCUCCAAGAAACUGGCAGUAGCACCGUGCAAGUCAUUCGUCACGUUCAUCCCAACUGACACCCACCAAUCCCGCUCACCCCCUUCCGCCACUAUCUGCAACGGCAGUAUCCCUCUAGAGAGUCUAGAUAAAACUCCAAAAAUUCUAGGCGCACCUCGGAUACCCACUACACGUCUUCACCACACGUCAGAGCCACAGCCACUAGAGCGGUGGGCUCUCUACGUAUCCUAAAAGCCAUGGCUGGCACCAAAGGAGGUUUAUCCAAGGAGGACCUCAUCGCCACCUACCGGAUAAUCACGCGCCAGAUCCUCGACUGCGCUGCCCCACCACCGAUUGCAUCAGAAGAGGCCUCGCUUCCUUGCCCCCACCGCACUGCUCUAUCCCAGCUCCGCUCGGGAUACUGUAGUUCCCUGGAGUACUACACCUUAAUUCAGGGUCGGACGCUCCCCCAGCAGCACCUGCCCGGAAAGCAGGGACCCCCUCCAGUCCGUCCAGCACGGCUUUACCUGCCCCUCCUUCCCUCGUCCCUCAGCGUCUCGUCAUUGUGGGAGAGUCCCGAAGAGGCGGCGGCGUUCCUGGCCACCCUUUAUAUUUCUGCCUUCGCCCAUCUCCCUCCUUUUCCGGUACCUCUCCCUCGGCCACCACCAGAGCCUCCACCCCUGCUAGCGUGAUGCCGGUGCCAGGAACAACAACUGGGGCUUGGGAGCUUCGUGAGCCACA